AUGAAUCCUGAAUCCCAUAUGAAUAUUAGUGAGAUAAUUCAAUUCUGGGGAUAUUCAGCAGAAGAACACGAAGUCCUUACAGAGGAUGGCUACUACUUGACCCUGAACAGGAUCCCAGGACAUAAAACUGGUUCCAAAACUUCUGUACUCUUACUGCAUUGUUUGACUAUGGAAGGCAGUGUUUGGGUACAAAACCUUCCACAUCAGAGCCUUGGCUUCAUACUAGCAGAUGCUGGAUAUGAUGUGUGGAUUGGCAAUAUCAGAGGAACUUCCUGGUCUAGGAGACACCAACACUUUUCAAUAGAUCAAGAAGAAUUUUGGAAUUUCAGUUUUCACGAAAUUGGGAUAUAUGACCUUCCUGCCAUAAUAAACUUUAUUCUUCAGAAAAGGGGACAGGAACACCUCUAUUUUGUCUGCCAUUCACAAGGCUGUACUAUAGGCUUUGUAGGAUUUUCAGUAAUACCUCACCUGGCUGCUAAAGUUAAGAUGUUUUUUGCCUUGGCCCCUUCAUAUACUUUUCAGGAUACGAAAAGCGUGCUAUUGCAAAUCGUACGCUUGCCAGAAUUAUUGUUGAAGAUUAUAUUUGGCACAAAAGAAUUCUGCUUGCUGAACCCCAAACCGAGAGCACAGCUGGCUCAUAUGUGCAGUUACCAACCAGGAGAGAAGUCUGAAUACAAGUCGGAUUGA